AUGUCCGAUCCAUCGCAAGGUGUCAACCAUGCCGACUCCAUCGAUUCGCACGAUACCGGGAAGAAGGACGAGAAGAAGAAGAGCCGCCGACCAGCCAAUACGGCGUUUCGACAGCAACGUUUGAAGGCAUGGCAGCCGAUCCUGACGCCCAAAACGGUCCUCCCUCUCUUCUUCACGAUAGGAAUCAUCUUUGCCCCCAUCGGCGGACUUCUUCUGUAUGCGAGCGCCAAGGUGCAAGAAAUCCGAAUCGAGUAUACCGACUGCAUUUCGCAAGCGAAGGAGACCCCCAGCGUGAUGGAUUCCAAGUACAUUUCCACCGCGUUCAAGAGCAACGACCAGACUAAGAACGCCCUGUGGUCUGUGACGGACGUCAACGUCACGACAAGCGGCGGCAUCACGUACCCGACGAAGCAGUGCACAAUCCAGUUCACCAUCCCCGAGAACAUGGGACCGCCGGUGUUGUUCUACUAUCACCUCACAAACUUCUACCAGAACCACAGACGAUACGUUGCUUCGUUUUCCGACAAGCAGUUGAAGGGAGACGCGUUAGAUGCUGGCAAGAUAGGAAGCUCUAACUGCGAUCCUCUUCGGACUGAGACCGUCAACGGGACUGUGAAGCCCAUUUACCCCUGUGGUCUGAUCGCGAACUCUAUGUUCAACGACACCUUCACCUCGCCUCGCUUGUUGCAAGAUGACAUUAUAUAUGAGAUGUCCAACAACUCGGGCAUCGCUUGGGAUUCUGAUGCCUCGUUGUACGGAAAGACUGAGUACAAGCCGUCCGACGUUGUGCCCCCGCCAAACUGGAGGGUCCAGUACCCCAGCUACACUGAAGACAACCCGCCGCCCAACCUGGCGCAGUGGCAGGCCUUCCAGGUUUGGAUGAGAACCGCCGGGUUGCCAAGCUUCAGCAAGUUGUAUCAACGCAAUGACGUGGAGGCUAUGAAGGAGGGCACCUACGAGGUCAACAUCACUGACAAUUUCCCUACUACGGAGUACAAGGGCACUAAGUCUAUCGUGCUCUCGACACGCACCAUCAUGGGUGGCCGCAAUCCGUUCCUCGGCAUCGCGUACAUCGUCGUCGGUGGCAUCUGCAUUCUCCUUGGAGCCGUCUUCACCAUCACCCAUCUCAUCAGGCCAAGAAAGCUCGGCGACCACACCUACCUCUCGUGGAACAAUGCCCCAGGUUCCAAGGCCGGCCCCAGCACGGCCUCGGCCACUGGUCGCGACUUGCGUCCCGGCGAGGCUUAG